UCCUCCUCCUACUUUGGGCGCAAGUGCUUGGCUGCGCGGUAGCUGUCCCAGGCGAGGAUGAGCACUGUGCCCUGCAACUACCUGUGAAGCAGGGCGACCUUCCGAAGGUUGCCAUAUUCCUCACGACGCACUGGGGCAAAAGACACCAAAGCUAUGUUCCGUGCUGGGAUAUGGCCACGAAGACGUUUCCACUCCUGCGUAACGCAGACCUGCUGCUGUACACCGCCAAGGCAGUCAGUGAGAAGGACCUUCGAUCCUUCCAUUUUCGGAACGUUUCCAUCAAGCAUUACGUAAACGAAGGCUAUCAGCAAGGUGCAAUGCUCGCCAACAAGGAGGCUUUUGGCUACAAGGGGCAGCGUGAGAGGUGGUUCGAGGGCUACGAUUGGGUCGUGAGACUCAACCCAGACACGCUGCUUACGCAGGACGAGUGGAUUCUCAAGGCCAUGCAGAACAAGUCGCUAGAUGCGAUUUUUGUCCGCUGUGCCGUGGGGCUGCGCGUCCACACGGAUUUCUUCGCAGUUCGUCCAUCUGAAAUCGACCCAGCUGCCAUGGAGAAGUGCACGGAUGUGCAUAGGCAGGCUGAAGAUGCCUUUACCUGCGCAGUCCAGAAUAUCAUCCAUUCGCAGCGAUGGGUGUGGCUCGAGGGAUCCCGCACCUAUGGUGGACGUGUUGGUGGACCUCAGCCCACAGUACCUGGAAGCACUCAAAACUCAUCCUGA